AUGGCGGGGAAGAGCCUGGAGGCUCGCUGCCUCCUCACCAUGAAGAGAAGGUUCGUCGCCUCUCCAGUUUGCUACAAAUCCUUUCUUCCUUCAUCUCUUCUGUCUUCACUUUCUUCUCCUUCUCACUCUGCCUAUCCUCCCUCCGCUUCUCCUUCUUCUUCUUCUUCUCACUCUCUCUCUUGUCCACCUCACUCCCUGUCCUCUCCUUUCUCGCUCUCUUCUCGCUCUCUUUCUUCUUCUUCUCCUCUUCGCUCUUCUCCUUCGUCUUCUCGCUCUUCUCCUGCUUCUUCCAGUUCGUCUCCUCCCUCGCCUGCGUUUCCUGCGGGGUCUGUUGUGUCUGCUUUCUGUGCUUCUUCACUCGCUGCUGUCUUCGCUCUCCCGGGCGCUCUCUCUGGACUCGGGAGAGACAGGCUCUGGGCUUGUGUCUCUUCGCGCUCUGUCUCCUUCAAGAACCGCGCCGAGUGGCGCGCCUUCAUGCGCCUUCCGCCGAAAUCUCGAGUGGAGCCCCGGCGCCCAAUUCCGCGCAUCUUUCCUUGGCGCAUGGCUCAUAAUCCCUUGCCUAGGCGGUACCCUCUGUACAAACAUCGAACGCUUUUUCUUCCUCUCUCUCUGCCCUCUUACUCCCCGCAGCCGGCCAUCUCAGGUGUCGCUGUUGCUCCUCUCACCAUCACAACCAAUGCUGCUCAGCUUCCGCGAACUUUGCUUUUGCAAAGUGCCGUCCGGCAACUGCGUCCGCUCUCUGCUCCUCAGUCGCCGUCUCCUUCUUCUCCGCAGUCGUCGCCUUCUCAGGCUUCCUCGGAGCCGUCGUUUCCGUUGAACUUGCCUGGCGUUCUUCGGGAAGGGGGUCUGCGCAGGCGAGAAGGCGCUCGCUCUUCUUCCUGGCUUGCCUCGCUGGCGACUUCGCUCCAGGACGACGCGGCGCAGCUCGCCGGACAGUGCUUCCCGAGUGCGUCUCCGAAUAUAAGCCGACCCGCGAGCUGCGCCUUCGCGGGGACGUUUCUUGCGGUCUACUCGUCAGACGAGUUUCCGGCGAUCUGCGUCGUGCGCGAGGCUCUGGGGAGAGUUGCGCCUGGCGUCCGGCUGGCUCUGCGGCAAGAGGCGGGUGAGGGCCUUCUGAAGAUCUUUCGUGACGACGGCAUGGCGGUGUUUGUCAAAGACGAGGUGAAUCGCCUGGACAGAACUCGGAAAACUGCUCUCGCAAAGAGAGAGGCGGGCAGGGCCGCGGUGCAGAGCAUUCUUCUCGCCUGCGGAGUCGCCGUUGGUUAG